AUGGGCCCUCAGGGCAAGCGAUGGCCGAAGUGGAAGCAGCGGCGCGACAACUCGGGCGAUGAUGUCACCGAAGAGAACCGUCAGAAAAAGCUCCACCACGGCAUCAAGUGCAUCCGAAAGGCGCUGAAGAAGGCACGCACCUUCGAGGAGCAAAAGAUCAAGCGGCGAACCGCGCAGGCGACGGCGGCGGCGAAAAGCGGCGGGAAGAAGCCCACAAUCGUCGCGAGCGCCGCGUUGCUCGAUGCGGAUAAGCUCGCGCAGCAGCUCGUGGCUGUCAAGGCACUCGAUCUCGAGGCACUCGGAUCCUACAUGGGGCGCGCCACGUACGACGCCGUCCUCGCGUCCCGAGAUGCGCCCACCGCCGAAAAAGCUCUACCAACCGCCGACGAGACGGAGACGGCGACGGCGGAGACGGCCGUCGGGCCUGGUGCUAUCGAAGCGGCGGGCGUGCAGCAGGCUCUCGUCGUCGCCCGUCGUAUUCUCGCCGCCGCCUGCGUGCGGACGGAGGUGAACGCCCUGCAGGAGAAGCUUGUGCUGGUGGGAGACAGGCAGGAGUGGGCAAAGGGCAGACUCGAGCGGGAGGAGCUCAGGCGGCUCGCAAAGGAGGAGGCAACGGCGGCGAAGGAGAAAGCGAAGGAAGAGGCGGAGAAGGCGAAACAAGAGGAGAAGGAUCGCACGAAGCACAGAGGUCCCGGGGCUGUCGACGAUGGGAAAGUGGGUAGCGAAGGCGGCGACGACAGCGAAAGGGAGAGCGGGGAUGAGGAAGACGACUGGAGCAGCGGCGGGGAGGACGACGGUCGCCCGGACCUCAGCGACAGUGAUGACGAGGACUCCGACUCGGAUGAUAUCGUCAUCAAGGACGAUGACGGUGAGCUCGAGCGGUUUCUUGCGGAGGAGGCUGCGAACGAGGGAGGCGAUGUUGGAAGCAGCGACGACGAAGAAGAGGAAGAAAGCGAGAGCGACCCGGACGAGGAGCUGCCUCCCGAGCUCGCCAAGAUCCUCGGCGUUGAGCAGAAACGGAAAAAGGGUGGAAACGUGAAGGAUGAAAAGAAAGGAGCGAAGAAGAAGGCGGAACCCCCCGCCAAGAAGAAACCGAAGAAGCGCAUGGGUCAGCGCGCACGACGUGCCAUCGCCGAGGCAAAAUUCGGACAGAAUGCAAACCACAUCAAGGCUGAGCGCGAAGAACAGAUGCGGCGAGAGAGGCAGGCGCGCGAGCAAGAGGAGAUGGCCAAGAUGCAUCCGGCGUGGGCGGCGAAGCGCGCAGCUGCGGCGGCAUUGGCUGCGGCGCCAAAGGGAACGAAGGUUUCCUUUGGUGACGACGGCGACGCGGUUGGUGUUCAAAAGCUCAAGAGAACGUCGGAGGGCGCUCAAGUCAGGAACGAAAGGGAUGGUAAGAAGUCGACGACUCCGAAGCCGAAGGCUCCAAAACCUCCCAAGGUGCAUAUCGAGAUCAAGGGCGGCACUGGUGAGGUGGUGGGCAAGGUGACCAAGCCGAUGGGACCUUCAGGCGCGAAGAAGGAUGAUGAUAAAUCCGCCAAGAAGAAGCCGAGUGGCGGAUACGACGGAUACAAUCCGGACGCGGCUGAGUCUCAUCCCGCGUGGGCGGCGAAGCGCAAGGCCGCCGAGCAGGCCACCGCCAAGCCCGCGGGCAAGAAGAUCAAGUUUGACGAUUAG